UUGAAGUGCAGGUUUCCGCUGCAGCGCCUGAACAGGGCUGGGGUACUGCAUCCCCGGCGUCCCCUCCCGGUUCUCGCCGCCCCGGCUGGGAUGUGACGAAGGGAAGCCCUCAGCGCCUGCCCCAGAGAGCGCACUGGGGGGGUCCUCGGUUGGAGUCUCUUGGCUCGCAGCGCCCCGGGACAGGAACGGCGAGGCGCCUAGGGGUCCGUCCGACUCCCAGCUCCUACUCUUUAGAAAGAGCGCGGUAGGGAUCACUGCCUUCCCGGCGCUCCGCACAACUCCGGGGCCAGCAGAGUGCGGCUGGACCCAGUCCCGCUUCCCGCCGAUUCACCCCGAGUGCGGAGCAGCGCCUGCCCACCCACCUGCACUCCCCCGAGCCUUAGCUCUUUGGCACCAGUGCGGAUCCCCUACGGCUCGGCGCUGAGCCCCGCGGCUCCAGGUCGCCGCAGCGCCCCCAGACCCUAUGAAGAGCGCGCCAGCCGCGGCUUCCUGAGAGCGGGAGCUGCCGCCGUCCAAACUGCGCCCUGGGGUCCCCCGACUGGCCCCUCUUAGGGGCAUCCGAGGAGCCGGGGAAAAGCGCACAAUGAAGUCCGUGCUGUUCAGCCGCUUCUUUAUCCUUCUGCCCUGGAUCCUAAUCGUCAUCAUCAUGCUCGACGUGGACACGCGCAGGCCGGCGCCCCCUCUCACCCCGCGCCCCUACUUCUCUCCCUAUGCGGUGGGCCGCAGUGGCACCCGACACCCGCUCCGCAGGGGUGGCCCCGACAGCGGCCCCGGGCGCGGAUUAAAGAAGCGCAACGAGUCGCGGCCGCAGCCACAGCCGCAGCCGGAGCCGCCUCUGCCCACCAUCUAUGCCAUCACACCUACCUACAGUCGCCCGGUGCAGAAAGCCGAGCUGACCCGCCUGGCCAACACCUUCCGCCAGGUGGCGCAGCUGCACUGGAUCCUGGUGGAGGACGCGGCGGCGCGCAGCGAGCUGGUGAGCCGCUUCUUGGCUCGGGCAGGCCUGCCCAGCACGCACCUGCACGUGCCCACGCCGCGGCGCUACAAGAGGCCGGGACUGCCGCGCGCCACCGAGCAGCGCAACGCCGGCCUCGCCUGGCUGCGCCAGAGGCACCAGCAUCAGCGAUCGCAGCCUGGCGUGCUCUUUUUCGCGGACGACGACAACACCUACAGUCUGGAGCUCUUCCAGGAGAUGCGAACCACGCGCAAGGUCUCUGUCUGGCCCGUGGGCCUGGUUGGUGGGCGACGCUAUGAACGUCCAUUGGUGGAAAAUGGCAAAGUCGUCGGUUGGUACACUGGCUGGAGAGCAGACAGGCCUUUUGCCAUCGACAUGGCAGGAUUUGCUGUAAGCCUUCAAGUCAUCUUGUCCAAUCCAACAGCUGUAUUUAAGCGCCGCGGAUCCCAGCCAGGGAUGCAAGAAUCUGACUUUCUAAAACAGAUAACGACAGUUGAAGAGCUGGAACCGAAAGCAAAUAACUGCACCAAGGUUCUUGUGUGGCACACCCGGACAGAGAAGGUGAAUCUAACCAACGAGCCCAAGUACCACCUGGACACAGUGAAGAUCGAGGUGUAAACUGGAGCAGCAGCUGGCGUCGCCUGGCCAGAUUUUCAAAGACACUAAUGUAAAUCACAUCGCUAAUGAGGCAUAAGUGUCUGCAGGGGCAGAUCACUCUGAUCCCUACUAAAGGAUGUUUUAACCACCUUGUCAUUGGCCAACAAAUUCCACCGAGGGGGCCGGAGAACAGCCUGGAAACAGGGCCAACGUUAACGCCUCACUGGUUCAUUAACACCUCAACCUGAGCUGGCUGUGCGUCACAUUGUCGCUACACAGAAGCUGUUACUGCCAUUUAGUAAGUACUAUUUCUGAGAUUCCCAGAAAGCAGAGACAAAUGUCAUAAAGAUAUUCCUGUAAAUAGUGAUAGUAAAACAGCUUGGAGCAUUCAUGGGAUGUACAGUGAUUUUGCUAUUAUUAGUUAGAAAUCACUACAGACUAUUCCUUGAAUGCUGUCAAGGUAAAACAGCUGUCCAGAACAGAAGCCAAGUUCACCAAAAUGAGGAACGUCAAAUAGGCGAUGUCAAGGGGAGAGGAGCCCGACCGUGAACUUGAUUCUAAAGGCCUUUCUAUGAAGCCAGAGGAAAGUCAGAACAGAGAACCUAAAAGACAAAUGGAUUUGUAAGAGGUAAUACUAAAAUGUCAUCUCUUCGCUCUAGGUAGAAAUAGGAUUUUCAUUAUAUGAAGGGAUGUCUGAGACAAAUAUGGACUUGUUCAUAUCUUAUGGGAAUUCUUGAACUAGUGGGUAUUAUUCUGAAACAUAAUCAUUAUUAUUGGAUGAAUAAAAAGGAAUACGUCACUAAGGUUUUUAUUAAAAAAAAAUUUUUUUUUAAUAAAUCAUGGGCAGUAGCCACAUGACAUAGAGAAGAGCCUAGAUCCCCCACGCAACAGUGCUUUGAGAAUUUGACACUGGAUUUUUCCCUAAUUUGUGCAAGUUACAAAAAACCCAAAUUAGUGAAGACAGGUUGGUUGGUCUAAGUGGACUAUAAAAAUACCCCAUCAGAGAGCUGGAUUAAAGCUUGCUGCUAAUUACAAAGGUGACAAUAGGGAACCCAAGGUAAUUUCUAGCUGUUACAGAGAGAUUAGGGAUAUUCACCAUUACAGUAUUUAUAACCUGAAAUGCAAAAAUAUUCUCGAAAUAUAGGACAGUGACAGCUCACUUGUCUAUCUGAGAUAAUAGUCUCUAUAGACAAUUUUGACCUUAUACAACAUUAUCCCUAUACUCAGUUCCUUCUGCCAGAUUGUUAGAUUUAAAUACCAAUAAAACCAUUUAGAAAAUGAAUCUGGUAUCUUUGAUUCUGGAUAAGUUAGAGAGUAGA